GAGAUGCCGAGACAGUUUCCAAAGCUGAACAUCUCUGAGGUUGAUGAACAAGUGCGACUUCUAGCAGAGAAGGUAUUUGCUAAAGUCCUCCGAGAAGAAGACAGCAAAGAUGCCUUGUCACUAUUCACCGUUCCUGAAGACUGCCCUAUCGGGCAGAAGGAGGCCAAGGAAAGGGAACUGCAGAAGGAGCUGGCGGAACAACAGUCUAUAGAAACAGCCAAAAGGAAGAAAAGUUUCAAGAUGAUUCGAUCCCAGUCUUUGUCAUUACAAAUUCCAACCCAGGAAUGGAAAGCACCCUCCGUCAAUCCUGUUCUGUCUCCUACAACACCAGUUCUUCCAAGUGCUUUUCUUCCAGUCCAAGUGCCAUAUGAUGUACCAGAGUUCCAGAGAGUUUCAAUUAGUGGAGAUUACUGUGCAGGGGUUACAGUUGAUGAUUAUGAGCAGGCUGCCAAAAGCCUUGUGAAAGCUCUUCUCAUUCGAGAAAAGUACUCGCGUCUUGCCUAUCAUCGCUUCCCGAGAACAACGUCCCAGUAUUUGUGCAGCAUGCGAGAUGAAAAAUGGAAGGUUGAAGAUGAAGUGUGUCCAGAUUUUCAUUCACCCCCAGAAGAAAAUGAAGAUCCUUACAAUCUUGAUGAUGCUCCAGACAAUUUGGAUUAUGUUAUCAAGAUAAAAGGUGGCAUUCCCUUUGUUUAUGAUAACAAGGAAAUGAUGGAACUCAAUGAACCUCGGAGUUUGCCAUAUCCUGACCUGGAGACCUAUACUCUUGACCUGAGCCAUGUUCUUGCUCUAAUUGCAGACGGUCCAACAAAAACAUAUUGCCAUCGUCGACUUAACUUUCUAGAAUCUAAAUUCAGUUUACAUGAGAUGUUAAAUGAAAUGUCUGAAUUUAAAGAACUGAAGAGUAAUCCCCAUCGAGACUUUUAUAAUGUGAGAAAGGUUGAUACUCAUAUCCAUGCUGCCGCCUGCAUGAACCAGAAACAUUUGCUGAGAUUUAUUAAGCACACUUACCAAACAGAGCCAGACAGGAUUGUUGCAGAGAAAAAAGGCAAAAAGAUGACUUUAAAGCAAGUGUUUGAAAGCCUUCACAUGGACCCUUAUGACCUCACUGUAGACUCUUUAGAUGUUCAUGCAGGUCGUCAAACAUUUCAUCGAUUUGACAAAUUCAAUUCUAAAUACAAUCCAGUCGGUGCCAGUGAGCUGAGGGACUUGUAUUUGAAAACUGAGAACUACAUUGGUGGUGAAUACUUUGCUCGUAUGGUCAAGGAAGUAGCCUGUGAACUAGAAGAAAGUAAAUACCAGUACACCGAACCCCGGUUAUCCAUUUACGGGCGGUCUCCAGAUGAGUGGCAGAACUUGGCAAAAUGGUUCAUUAAACAUAAAGUUUACUCACCUAACAUGCGCUGGAUAAUUCAGGUUCCCAGAAUCUAUGACAUAUUUAGGUCAAAAAAUAUUCUGCCUAGUUUUGGGAAGAUGUUGGAGAACAUAUUUGUACCUUUGUUUGAGGCAACAAUCAACCCCAAAGAACACAAAGAACUGCACCUUUUCCUCAAAUACGUGACUGGCUUUGACAGUGUUGAUGAUGAAUCCAAACACAGUGGCCAUAUGUUCUCUGACAAGAGCCUUAACCCUGACCUCUGGACCAGUGAGAAGAAUCCCCCGUACAGCUAUUAUCUGUAUUACAUGUAUGUCAACAUCAUGCUGCUGAACAACCUUAGGAGGAAAAGAGGCAUGUGUACUUUUCUGUUUCGACCUCACUGUGGAGAAGCUGGGUCUAUCACACAUCUGGUAUCAGCCUUUCUGACUGCUGACAACAUUUCGCAUGGAUUGCUCUUGAAGAAGAGUCCAGUUCUCCAGUAUCUUUAUUAUCUUGCACAAAUACCUAUUGCCAUGUCUCCGCUUAGCAACAACAGCCUAUUCCUGGAGUACUCAAAAAAUCCACUACGAGAAUUUCUACACAAGGGGCUUCACGUCUCUCUCUCUACAGAUGAUCCUAUGCAGUUUCAUUACACAAAGGAAGCUCUCAUGGAGGAAUAUGCUAUUGCAGCUCAGGUAUGGAAACUCAGUACCUGUGACUUGUGUGAAAUAGCAAGAAACAGCGUAUUGCAGAGUGGACUGUCAGAUAAGGAAAAACAGAAAUUCUUAGGCACAAAUUAUUGUAAAGAGGGACCUGAGGGAAAUGACAUUCGAAAGACAAAUGUUGCACAGAUCCGGAUGGCCUUCAGGUAUGAGACACUGUGCAAUGAACUUAGUUUCCUGGCUGAUGCUAUGAAAACAGAAGAGAUUUCUGCUCUGUCAAAGUAGUUUCAAACCCAAAGAAACUAGAACCUUUCCUAACCACAAUCACGUGCUAAUCAAUAUUGAGUCA